AUGGCUUGGAACUGGACGCCUGAUUCGAAGCUCUGCUUCGUGACUACCGGAGCAACGGCGCCAUUCACCGAGCUCAUUGAAUCAGUGCUGAGUCCAACGUGUCUGGAUUCACUACGCGAAGGAGGAUUUACUCAUCUCUUGGUCCAAUAUGGAUCUGCCGAGGACGUGUACAAACAGUUCUCCAAACUCGCUUCAGCAUAUAUACAGGAGAACCCGUCCAAAGGGACCCUCGUCAUAGAUGGCAUAGAUUUCAACCCAGAUGGACUCAAAACCCAGUUCCAGUUGGUGCAGCGGUCGAAGGGAUCUGGGUCUAUCCUCGAAGCACUUCGCUACCAGAUCCCACUCAUCGUUGUGCCCAAUACUGGACUACUUGAUAACCACCAAGAGGAGCUCGCCGUUGCAAUGGAACGGAACAAUUACCUCGUUCGUGGGGAUGUGAAGAAUCUCGCGCCUGCGAUCAAGAAGUCAGACGAUUUCAGACUCAAAAUGUCGCAAUUCCCACCCAUGACCAGUGGGAAGCAUCGUGAGACUAAGAGCUUCGCGGCCAUCAUGGACGAGACGACGGGUUAUAUGGAUUGA